CGUUCCUUGAAGCGCGCUCGCCCGCGUUGUAAAUGCUCCAGAGCCGCAACAACAACGCUCCGCAACGGGCAUGCAUUUCUAGGUUCAAGAGCUAUCACUUGCUCGGUUGAGCGCACCCUACCGGCGCGAAGCGCUCACAUAAGCUUCGGAAGGCGUGUUCCUCAUGCAGCGCAAAAGUGCUGCAUCUCUUACCGCGUCCACGCUCCGCAAUCGCUAUUCUCUUUCCAUACCCUCUGCUUAGAAGUUCCACAUACGAUAGAAAUGGCUUCGCUCGCUCAGCGCGUGAGCGUUCCGCUGGGCGUCACUUCCCGGCGGCCUGCUGUGGCCCCUGUGGCGCUGCUGGGCGCUCUGCCGGUCCGGCCUUCGCAGGUCUCCGUUGGCUCGCGCCUGGCAGUGAAGCCGGUUGCGCCGGUCCGUGCUCGCCAGACCCUUGUUACCAAGGCUUCUGCCGCGGAUGCCCCCAAGGAGCUCGAUGCGCUUGAGACGACUGUCUCCAAGGUCGUUGGCGCAAAGCUGGCGCCUACUGUGGUCACGCUGAGCUUCAUUACCAUCUGGUACGCCCUGAACAUCGGCUUCAACCUGCUGAACAAGACCAUCUUCAAGUACUUCCCCUACCCCUACACCGUGUCCACCAUCCACGUGGUGGUCGGCCUGGUCUACUGCGUGCUCGUGUACGCCGUGGGCCUCAAGAGCUGGUCCUUCGGCCGCCCCGUGACCAAGCAGGAGUUCAAGAACAUCUUCGGCCCGGCGGCCAUGCACGCCGUGGGCCACGUGGCCGCCAACAUCUCGUUCGCGGCUGUGGCCAUCUCGCUGACGCACACGGUCAAGACGCUGGAGCCAGCCUUCAACGUUGUGCUGUCCAAGGUCAUCCUGGGCGAGGCCACGCCGCUGCCCGUGCUGCUGUCGCUGGUUCCCAUCAUGUUCGGUGUGGCGCUGGCCUCGGCCGGUGAGCUGUCGUUCAACUGGACCGGCUUCCUGACCGCCAUGGCCUCCAACCUGACCUUCGGCUUCCGCGCCGUGUGGUCCAAGCGUGCCAUGACCAAGUCUCUGGAUGGCACUGCCGUGUACGCCUACACCACCCUGAUCUCGGUGCUCAUCUGCGUGCCCUGGGCGCUGCUGGCGGAGGGCAGCACGCUGGUGGAGGGCGCCAAGGCCGCUAUCGCCAACGUGGGCGCCUCGCGCUUCUACACCGACCUGUUCAUGGUCGGCAUGCUGUACCACCUGUACAACCAGUUCGCGUUCAACACCCUGGAGCGCGUCAGCCCCGUGUCGCACGGCGUGUGCAACGUGGUGAAGCGCGUGGCCAUCAUCGGCUCGUCCGUGCUGUUCUUCAACCAGACCCUCACCGCCCAGGCCAUGGUGGGUACCGUCAUCGCCCUCAUCGGCACCUGGCUCUACACCGAGAUGUCCAGCAAGCACAAGCACAAGAAGGCCCCGCCGCCGCCCGCCGCCGCCGGCGGCGCGUCGCCGGCCGCGGCCUAAGCGGGCAGCGGCAGGCAGCUCCACGGGCCGUGGCGUGCUUCCGCACGGGCGCGGAUAUGCGGUUUUGCCAGGGAGGCGGAGAUGGCAGCAAAGUGCAGCCAACGCGGCGCAGCGCGGCUUGUGGCGGCAUGGCGGACGGGAGGAGCAGCGGCGGCGGAGCCAGCCGGACGAAAGCAGCCGCAGUGAACCGCGGCGGCGGGGGGUUGGGGCGCGCUCUCAACCUACACCGCUCCCUGUAGCAUUGGGAUUUCAUGCGCGGACGGGAGGACUCGGGGGCCGGAAACGGCGUAUACACGGCGCGUUGUGCAGCGGCGUGCGUUUCCGGCUUGGGAACUGAGGGAAGGAGGCGGCUGUGUACAUCUGGACUCUGGCUCUCCAUUCGGGCUCUCAUCAUAAAGCCACUUCCCUGCAUCGACUACCUACCAAUCAACUCGGUACCCUGUGCAACGUGCCCCUCGUGGCCUCGUCGGAUCGGAAAAUGACAUUCCGGAAGUCUGCUGGUGAGUUCGGCUUCCAAUACUUGUGAUGGGGUGCGUAUGUCAUGUGAAUGCGUGUGUGCAAGGGUGUCAUCAGGUUCAUGACUUGUCGGAAGAUCAGGUGCAGACCGCAAAGCAAGAAAGAAGAGCAGCACGGUAUGGGCGGUUGGUGUUGGUGGUGUCGUGGUCCCCGGAAAUAUCGGGGCGGGCUGUAUAGAUAAGAGGCUGUGGCAUUGUCAUUGAGGUGGGAGUGUCAAGGCUGCACCCGGGUGCCCGGGAGAACGGUAGCAUGGGGCUGGUGCGGCCCGCAACCCUCUCAUGCACGUGCAACGGCUGCGUGUGCCAUAUUGUCUUGUGUAAAUUCAUUUGCGAAGUCUGCGGAUGGCCUAUAACAUGAACUGGACCACUAUGGUGAAUAUAGAGGAUAUCAUGUCGUUGGGGGCUGGGUACAGACGGAGGAUAGGGAAGACCUCCGUGCGUUGCGAAUGGGGCUAGUCGUAGUUGUGUCGCUGGCGCAGGUUUGCGUGGCCCUGCCAUAUACGAGACAGCUUCCUUGCCAUCCCGCGGAUUGCAACAGUCGGACGCACCACUUGUAAACAUUAUAAGGGG